GUUAGUAAAACUUCUGCUCUGAAUUUAUGUUGAUAUGCUGUUAGAUCGUCAUCCUGAAGUAUAAGUUAUAAGGCAAAUGUCAAAAUUAAUGCAUACCAAUUAUUGAAUACUGUGCUUCUAUUUUCUUACUGUGGAAUACGCAUUUGUGGAUCUCGUGAAUACAAGCGCAAUUGGUGAUUUUUGAUGAUGUGCUACUUCGUUGUCAGGAGCAACGAUGUCAACACAGAUACAGUCAUGCUUCCUGCAGGUGACUCUAUACUUUUUAACAUCUGAAACGCUAAAACAUCCAAGAUGCUGUGAGGUCUGAUUACUCGAGAAUGAGUCCAGGUCCCACGCCGACUCCCUCGGGCCCUCUCAGGACCCCCCAGGGUAAAUGCCUCACCGUAGGGGGUCGGGCCGAUGGUGGAUUUCUACAAUAUUCUCAACUAUUAAAUCCUCGCAACAGCAUGUCUAUUACGAACACUAAGGGCUUGCUGAAUAUGCCUGGCCAGAAUAACUGCUUCCUCAACAGCGCCGUCCAGGUUCUCUGGCAUUUAGACAUUUUUCGUAGAAGUUUCAGAGAGCUUUGUGGACAUGCUUGCAUGGAAGAUUCAUGUAUUUUUUGUGCGUUAAAGGAACUCUUUGCCCAGUUUCAGUACAGUCAGGAGUCUGCUCUUCCCCCUGAUGCAUUACGACGGGCUUUAGCUGAAACAUUUUGUGAUCAAAGACGAUUCCAGCUGGGGUUCAUGGAUGAUGCAGCCGAAUGUUUUGAGAAUAUUUUAAUGAGGAUACAUUUUCAUAUUGCAAAUAAUGAAUCUGAGGAUAUGUGUAGUGCUAUUCAUUGCAUUCCACAUCAAAAAUUUGCAAUGACUUUAGUUGAACAAACUGUGUGUCAUGCUUGUGGAGCUACCUCAGAACCUCUGCCUUUUACUCAAAUGGUGCACUAUGUGCCUUCUUCCGCUCUUUGUUCUCAAGCAAAGCUGAUGAAGGAAAAAAAUGACCAAGUGCCAAAUUUCAGUGAAUUGCUCAAGAGAGCGGGAGGAUUAGGAGAUUUAAGAGACUGCCCAAGUUCAUGUGGUGCUGUGAUACAGAUAAGAAAAACCCUGAUGAAUCAUCCAGAAAUAGUGAGCAUUGGCCUUGUCUGGGAUUCUGAAAGGCCUACUAUUGAACAUAUCAUGGAUGUCUUCAAGACCAUUGGAAUGUCUCUUAAACUUCAAGAUGUAUUCCAUUCAGUAGUGGACAGCCGUUGGGCCUCUGCUGCAACACAUCAGCUCGUUGGAAUAGUGACCUAUUAUGGGAAGCAUUAUUCAACAUUUUUCUUCCAUACCAAGUUGAGAGUGUGGAUUUAUUUUGAUGAUGCUGCAGUGAGAGAGAUUGGACCAAAAUGGGAACAAGUAGUUGAAAAGUGUUGCCGUGGCCAUUUUCAACCCUUACUUCUAUUAUAUGCCAAUCCUCAUGGAUCUCCUGUGAAUACAUCAACGGCUCCACGAGUAGUGACACUUGUUUCAGGUCACAAGAAAAAUGUAACCGGGAAAGACACUUGCAGUAUUAAUUUGGAACACUGUAACAAUCAAAGACGAGCACUUACGCCAAAUCCAGAAGUAUCUUGUGAUCUCAGUGCAAAUAUUCAACCCAGAAGAGCUGUUACUCCUAGUGGUGAAUUAUCGUGGUGUGAUGACAGUCCAAAAGAGCAAAAUAAAAUUGUUGAAUCCAUUAUUCCCUUUAGUACGCACUCAAAAGAAAAUUCUCUGACAUCUACCAGUGUAACAUGUACAAAUUAUCAUGAACCUUAUCAAACUAUACACAGUGGUGUCAGAAACCCAAAUCAGUUAUGUCCUCAAAGUAUUAUGCUUGAAAAUAGCAUUCUCAAACCCAGUAGAAUAUCAACCAGACUGUCUAUACCUAACUGUGCAUUUUAUUCUGAACUGUACGAAUCCAAAGUUAAUGGAAAUACAAUUGGAAACAACAAUCUCAAUCGUCCAGCAUCUGUAGAUGAUAUUCUCCAAAAUUCUCCAAGGACAAAUAUGAAUUCAGAUGCAACAGAGAAGGCUGUUUAUCCCCUUGAUAACACACUAGAGCUGAACCCUAUUGCAAUAGAUGAACAUGUGGGAGAUGGUACAUAUAUUAGUCGCCAAACUGUGGAAAAUGUGUUACACCUACAGAAAUUACAACGGCAAAGAUCUGUGAAUUGCAAGACUGGUAACAUAUAUUUAGGACAAAGAAAUAGCAGCAGUAGUUUAGAAUCUCUGGAUAAUGUUUUUGUUUUUCGAGAUAAAAAUUUGAAUGGGCAGCUAAAUUUGAAACUGGACUUAUUCGAUUCAUCUAAUAUUGCAAGGAGAAGAGAUUCUGGGAACUGGAGUGGGGAUAGAAAUAGUGCCAGCUCUUCCAGUACCACAUCAUUAGAUAAUCCUUACUUUUAUGUAGUUGGAAACAAGAGAGUGCCCAGCUGUGUUAGAAAUAUUACAAGACCAGGUGAACCACCUACAUUGACGGAUCCCGGGUAUGAUUCUUUCUCCUUGUCCAGUUCUGACAGUUAUCCAUCAGCUGUGACUAGUUCUCCAGGAAAGAUGGACUCUAGGCUGGGCCAGAUUCCUGAAAAUGUGCAAACAGCUUUUGUUCCGUAUGACUUAUCUCAGUUACAGUAUUGCUUAAAAGACAUGAAAAGCAAUGAGCAUUUUCCAUUUGGUUUCAAAGAUGAAUGUGAUAAACUUUGUGCUGAAGCUGACAUUUUUGUAGCCAAAUCCAUUGAGAGGGAAAAUUCUGGAGAUAUAUCAAUGGCUGCUUUACUAAGUGAUACUGCUGCAGCAAAAGCAAGAGCAGCUAUGGAUGUACCUUACACUAAUAGCCAAGCUCUGGCUAUGGCUAAAAUGAAGCACAGUAUGUGUCUUAUUAGGUCAUCAAAUUUACACAAAAAAUUGAAAGAAGCAGAAGCAACAAUGCGGCGAAAGCAGAAAGAAUCUUCUGAAUCUUCUCGAAACCAGCAGAAUGGUAUUAACAACUCUCAGAUUACUUCUGAUGGUAAUUCUCAUUGUGGCAAAAUAGUAUUUGAAAAUUCUCAUAAUGAUAAUUCUGUAGAAAAAAGCGCAAAUGCAAAUCAAAGUACUGAGCCUCCAAAUUCUGAUAAAAAUAUUGAAAUAUAUGCUACCCUUCCAAAAAGGAGUCUGAAGAAGAAAGGAGCUUUGUCUUCAUUUGUGGAAUCAUUGACUGGUGAUGACAGUUCUGAUGAAAAAGUUCACAAGGACAAGCAUAGUUCCAAGCUAAAUGAAGAAAGUAAUAAAAGUGAUAAAAAAUCUGACUCUAAUAAUGUAAUGGAAAAAGAUCAAAAAGUAUCAAAAUCACCAAAUGGUAAAAAGAAAAACCAUUCUUUUGCUAAAGUGAGCAACAAAGAAUCUGAUCUUAGUGAUUACUCAAGUGAAUGGGAACAGACAAAAAAGCCAUCUUUGUACAGAACAUAUUCUGGUCCCACUUCAAAUUCAAAGAAUGAACUGUCUGAUCUUAGAUCUACUAACACACAAACAUUUACUGAUCAUCCCACAAAGAAACAACAUAAAAUUCGUCGGAAGUUAAUGGGUGGUUUUAUGAGACGCAAAAACCGUAGUCUGCCUGAUCUCCGAGAAGGUCAAGACUCGGGGAACGAAGCUACUAGAUCUUUUGAUGACUGUUUCUUCAACCAGACACCAAUAUCUUGCAGGAAGAGGCAAGAAAAAGAAAAUUCACAAUUUUCUCACUCAGAAAACUCGGAAAAUAAUUCCCAUAACUUUAAGAAAGUACCUGAGGCCUCUCAUGCAGUUAACGUUCCCAAGUUGUAUAAGAAAAAUAUUUCAAGAGCACAUACACCUCCACCAUAUAAACCACCUCCACCAAUAGCACAUUCACACCUCAGUAUUUCUCCGAAAAAGACUGUUCAGCAUUUUAAUACAGAUUCUAAACAUGAAAUUAUUCCACAGCAUUGCAUAACUAAUUCAGUAAUUCCUUCUUCUUAUCAAGACUUCUCAGCUAAGCCAAGAAAUAUGCAUCAUCCUGUGUUGAGCCGUGAAUCUAAAAGCCAUAAGAAAUUGAAUGAUCAACAUUCAUUCCAAAAUCAUGAUGAAAUAUCAUCUAAAAAUGUUGCAUGGCUAAAAGAGUUACAGUUGAAACAGGAAGAAAUAAAUCAGAGGCGGAAAUUACAGGAGGAGAAAGAAACCUGGAAAACUGAAUAUAAAGCUGGAGCUGACGAACAAUCAGUUUGCUCAAGCAUUUUAGAAGGUGGACGAGAUAGCUUGAGUAAGAAUCAGAUUUUAAAUAUGGCUGAAAAUGAGGUAUUUAACAAACAGCAGAAAUUACCAGUGAUAAAUGGAAAUGCAUGUUCAGAUGCGGAACAGCAGAAAUCUGUGAGGGAUUUGGCAUCAAAAUUUGAGAAAAUUUCCUUCCUGCCAGUGAAUUCUGUUGAAACACUCCCAGAGGAUAAAGGAAACAGUACGUCUCUAUCACCAAUAAAUUUAGAUGGAAAUUCUUGUGUAACUGAUAAGAAAAAUUAUAUCACUCCACCACAAGCUGUAGCAAAUGUGCUGUACACCGAAGCAGAACAUUCUAGACCACAUAUAACGAUUGGACAGCAUUAUAUACCAUAUUCACAAGAUAAACCUGUAAAACAACAGACAACAGAAUAUCCAUCCAGAACUGCCAUACCAGAAAAUAAAGACAGACUUAAUGUAAUAAAUAUUAGCAAGCUACCAUAUCCAAUGCAGUCAUCUUCAGGCAGUGUAUACAAUCCACAUUUAACCGAUGCACAAUUAACCAACGUUUUAAGAAUAGGGACUAACAGAUCAUCUUUUAGAAGUUCAAAUGUGAACCCAGACUCUCAAGAUGACCAUUUUGGACGUUACCCAUAUGCUUUCCAAGAAAGCAAACGUCCUGAUAAACCUCCAGACUAUGAAACAGCCAUACAAAGGCUUGAACUUUUACGCAGUGACAGAAAUUUUUCAAAAUUUUAUAGCAGUAAUGCAUGCAUUAAUUUUGAAGCCAUUCUGGAACAAGCAAAAAAGAGACGUGGUCCAAAGAAAAGUGUUACCUUUUCAGACAAAGUUGUGCUUGUUGCUUGUGCUGGAGAUGAGGACAAUGAUUUCAUACCAAAUCCCUUAUUGGAACGUGUCUAUAAACAACAUUUUAUGCAGAAACCAAAUAUAACAGAUGUCCAAUCAUCUCCCAAUAAUGAACAUGGAACAAAUUCUGUUUCACCAAAAGACAUUCCUGUUUCAGAAUCCUUGUCCCCAGUUGCCAGCACAUUGGAUUUGCCAAAACCUUGCAGUCAAUCUCCCUGUAAUUUGUGCCAUAAAAAAAUGGUAGACUCUCCAAAGUUGUAUUGUCCAGACUGUGCCUAUUACAUGUCAAGGUUUCAACAAAAGUAAUGCAACAUUAUUUUCUCACCAAGUUUUAAUAAAAGCUGGACUGUUUUAUGUACUUACAGACCAUGUUUCAUUAAAACUGUUAAGAGCAAGAGAAGGAGCAUGUUUAAUAGAAACUGUAAAGAGGAAAAACUCUUAGUUGCAUUUGUAAUAACAAAGCUCAAAAUUUUUCAUUUGUGCAAUAUGUAGUAUUUGUAAAUACUUGUGUAGGACUGUAUAUUGUGAAUAUGUUAAUUUUUAGUUUUAUAGUUUUUAAAUCUUUCAUUUUUUACAUCAAGUUACAUUACAUAAUGUCUAAUAUAAUUUGCACAAACAUUUUUUUCAUGUCUUGCACAUCAUAAGCACAAUUUAUUGUUGUACUUUUUAAAGUUUAUUUUUUCAUCCUUAUAGCAGUAUUUAGAUUAGUUUUAUGCUACAUAAAAUGAUUUGUUAUAAUUCUGAUCAUUUAUGAAAUUAUUGUUAAAAAGAAAAAAAAAUAACUGUUUGCCUGUUAGAUUAAGCUGCUGUAAAAAUUCUAUUAAAUUAUUUUCUAUUUCAUUAUCUAGUUAGAAGAAACAUAUAACUCUUCGAAGGAGGGGAAAAAAUAUAUGUUUCUUUUUUUUGGGGGGGGGGAUUUCUCAUUUUAAAACAUAACCAUGUGUCUUCAUUGAUAUUCUUUUACUAAUGAAUUUAUUUAUACUACAUAUUCAUGAAUUGCCCUGGCUGCAGCAAUUUCGGCUGACUAGACUCUUUAUACAACUAGCAUGUCAUACAGUUAAGCAUAUAAAUAAUUCAAAGCUAUAUAUAUCUUUAUUACUUGUGGAGUAAGUUAGCUCGCUUCCUCCAGAAAUACAUUUCUGAGAUGACUGUACGUGUCACCUAUACUUACUUUUCUGAUUUCCACAUUGAGAAAUGUAGAAGAAAUCAGAAUAACACUAAAACUUAUAUUUAUGCUAAAUAAUAGUCUGUAUUUUCUAUAAAAUUAUUUUCAUAAUUAUUCAUUUUCAAUCAUGUAUUGAUUGAAAUAAAUGAGUUAUUACAUAAGAUCUAAAGAAUAAUUUAAAUAAUUUUUAUAUGAAAAUUUCAAACUAGGAAAAUUGGCAGGCAAGCAGUUAAAUAAUACAUUUCAUGGAAAGUUGCAAUAUGAAAUGGAAAAUGUAGGUUGUGCAAAUAGAACAUACUAGUUAUCUAAAUGGCUUUAUAUCACGAAAAAGAAAAAUUUUAUUCCUGAAUAGAUAUGCAACAUGAAAUUAUCAAUUAUGCUGUGAUAGAGUAAAAUAUGGAAUUUUUUUUUUUUUCCCCAUUUUGCAAUGGAAAUUGCAUAUAAAAAAUUGGUACUUAAUCGUAGAUAUGUAUAUAUUGGUUUGAUCAAGAGGAUCAGUGUUCUAAGUUUUAAUACAGAUCUUUUAAGCAUUUUGUUGUUUGUUUUAAUUUUACUCAUUUUAUUGUCCUUCUGAGCUAUUACAAAAUAUAUGUACUUACUUUUUAUUUUUUCAAAAAAUUUAUAAAUGUUGCAGCUGUAUGUUAUUCAUAAGUUUGUGUGUUACAAACACUGAAAUUUGAAUAGGAUAGAAUGUAUCUGUUGCAAACACUAAUCAAGUAAUAUUACAACAUUGAAUGCAGUAAAAAUAUUUUUUUAUGUACGUAACAAAAAUAUUUGAUUGAGGUAUAACUUUUAUUAUGAUUUAAUAUCAUAAUUUAAAUGAUUUCUCAUUUAUAUUUUGAUCAUAUAUUUAUAAUAUUCGUUGUCUUUAAGUAAAGAUUUGGGGCCUUAAAUCCAAGUUAAAGUGUCUUCAUUUACCUCAGUUUCCACUACUUGAUCAGUGUCUGUUACCAUUUAAUUUACAUAAAUUUCUUCAAGUUUCAUUCAUUAUAUGAAUUGAAGCUAAAUUUAUUUGUUAAUUUAUUAUAUUACAUGUGCUUAUUUAAAAAACUUACUGUUUUUAAGUAUUAAAAGUUUACACCUACUUAGACAGUUCAAUUUCAUGAAUAGUUCUCAUAUUUUAUUCGGACAGUAUUGUGAUGAAUAUUUUAUUGUUUAAGCCUAUGAGAAGUAGCAUUCGAGGAACUUCCUAUUUGUGUAAAAUUUAUUACCAUAAUUUGUAGUAACUCACAUAACUUUAUUUUCAUAAUCUGCAAAUGAGCCACUGAGUUUAUUUUUGAGAUUUUAGAGUAAUGGCAGAAAGGAGUUUUUGCCUAUAACUGAUAUGAAAAAAGUGAGAGUCCAUCUUCUAAAAUAAAUUACAAGGAGCAGCACAUAAUUGGUGAUUAAAUGUAAAUUUUUUGUGAUAAAAAGUGCAAAAUCUUUUUUUUUUUUUUUUUUUUUUUUGAAUUUCUCUAAACUUUCAGUUUGAGCCGUUGUAACACACUAUUAUACAUUCUCAUAAUUUGAAAGUUUAUCAUUCACUGAUUAUUUUUCAAAAUGUGAUGUGCCAAAAGCAAUAACAAGAUGUAAAUUAAUGAGUAUAGUAUUUUUGUACCACCGAUACCUGUAUUUUUCCCCAUCAGACAUGUAUAUAAAUGGGAGAAAGGAGAAUUUGUACAAACAAUAUUUCAAUAAACUCUUAUUCCUUAAUUC